GGAUGGAGUAGUGUUUCGGAAAUUACAACAAUGUGGGCUCACUAUGACGCCGUUUAUAGCGGACUCCGUAAACUUUCUUAUAUGAACCAUGAUGGCAACUUCUUUUCCAAUGCACUGCGCAAACAGACACAGUUCACUCUUUUGAUCAAAUAAUCAUCCUUGAAUACUUCAAAAUGCAUGAGCGUACGCCUCCCUCUACGCCUCAAGACACAGAGGCCGAGACAACCGUCGACGACAUCGCCGAGCCCGUGUUACAACUCGCCCGAACAUUCUCUCACACUCGUACAUUCUCCGCGCUCUCAACCAACAUCAAUCCCUUCCUCACCCAAGACUCCCGCCUGGACCCUAAAUCCCCAGACUUCGAGCCUGAAUCAUGGGUUAAGGCCUUGCUUCACGCUUUCUCGAAAGACCCAAGUAAGCAUCCGCGAUAUACAGCUGGUGUAUCUUGGCGAAAUCUUAGUGUGCAUGGGUUUAGCGAUCCGACGGAGUAUCAGAAGGAUGUUUUCAAUGUUAUCUGGAGAAGUCCUCUUGCUGCGCUUGAUUGGUUUGCGAAGAGGAAGCAAAAGAUCAAGAUUAUUUCAGAGUUUGAUGGGUUGGUGAAGAGUGGAGAGCUGCUUCUUGUCCUGGGUCGUCCAGGAAGUGGCGUUUCUACGCUGCUCAAGACGAUCGCUGGACAUACCCACGGUUUACACCUCGACGACUCAUCCGAGUUCAACUACCAAGGUAUUCCCUGGGACGUAAUGCACAGAAACUUCCGAGGAGAAGUAAUCUACCAAGCCGAAACAGACAUCCACUUCCCCCAACUAACCGUUGGCGACACCCUCCUCUUCGCCGCCCUCGCCCGCACGCCCCAACACAUCGUCGCCAACAUCUCACGCCACGUCUACGCCGAACACAUGAGAGAUGCAGUCAUGGCCAUGUUUGGUAUCUCCAACACUCUUAACACGAAGGUCGGAGAUGACUUUGUUAGAGGCGUUAGUGGCGGCGAGAGAAAGAGGGUUAGUAUUGCUGAAGCGAUUUUGAAUCAGAGCGCUAUUCAGUGUUGGGAUAAUAGUACGAGAGGGUUGGAUAGUGCGACGGCGUUGGAGUUUGUGAAGAAGUUGAGGCUUGGGACGAAGCUUGGUGGUGCUAGUGCGGUUGUUGCUAUGUAUCAGGCUAGCCAGGCAGCAUACGACGAAUUCGAUAAAGUCCUCCUCCUCUACGAAGGCCUCCAGAUCUUCUUCGGCCCAACGAACGAAGCGACGAAAUACUUUACCGCCAUGGGCUUCGAAUGUCCUCCCCGCCAAACAACCGCCGACUUCUUAACGUCCCUCACAAACCCCGACGAACGCAUCAUCCGACCUGGUUUUGAGAACAGAGUCCCUCGCAGUCCCGAAGAGUUCGCUGAUGAGUGGAGAAUGAGUCAACACAGAGCUUUACUUCUAAGUGAUAUCGCUGCGUUUGAGAUUCAGUAUCCUCUUGAUGGGAAGCAAAUUGAGACCUUGAGGGGGAUUAGGAGGGCGCAGAAGGCCAGGUUCACGUCCGACAAGAGCCCUUUCACCAUUUCCAUUCCGAUGCAGAUUCAGUUAUGUAUCGGGCGAGGUAUUAAGAGGCUUCUUGGUGACAAGACAUUCUUCAUAGUCACUGUCCUGGGCAACUUUUUCAUGUCUCUUGUUCUUGGGAGUGUUUACUUUGAUCUACCUAGCACAGCUGAGGGAAUGAACCGGCGAGCUUCAAUCCUAUUUUUCGCGAUUCUGUUCAACGGUCUCAGUAGCGCUUUGGAGAUCCUCGCCCUCUAUAGCCAACGACCAAUCGUCGAGAAGCAUGCCAGAUAUGCCUUGUAUCGACCUCUUUCUGAGUCUGUCUCCUCCAUCGUCUGCGAUUUACCAUCUAAGAUCAUCUCAACUCUGGCCUUCAACAUCCCGCUCUAUUUCAUGGCGAACCUCCGCCGCGAUGCCUCAUCAUUCUUCAUCUUCCUUCUCUUCGGUUUCACAACAACCAUGACAAUGUCAAUGAUUCUUCGCACCAUCGCCCAGUCCUCAAAGACAGUUCAUCAAGCACUCGUUCCUGCUGCCAUCUUUAUCAUCGGUUUGGUAAUCUACGCUGGAUUCGUCCUGCCUAUCCGCAGUAUGAAGGGCUGGCUCAGGUGGAUCAACUAUGUCAAUCCCAUUGCUUACGCUUACGAGUCUUUGGUCGCAAAUGAGUUCUCGGGUCGGUCGUUCGGAUGUCAGGUGAUGAUACCCUCUGGUCCUGGGUAUGAAGACAUUCAGCCGACGCAGCGGACCUGUUCUGUUGCUGGUGCUCUGCCAGGUCGGGAUGCCAUCGAUGGGGAUUUCUUCAUUGGGACUGUUUACAAGUACUACUACUCGCAUCUUUGGAGGAACUACGGCAUCCUUAUCGCAUUCAUUGUCUUCUUCACCUUCACGUACCUCUUUUCGGCAGAGUACUUCUCAUCUGAAGCUUCGAAGGGUGAGAUCCUCGUAUUUCGCAAAGCUCAGAAGUCUCAUCGCCCGGAGACCACAGAUGAAGAAGCCGUCAAGCACGAAUUCCAGCCCCAGCGAGCAGUGAAUGGUGACGAAAACCAUCUAGCGACUGAAAAGCCACCAAGAACUUCUACAUUCUGCUGGAGGAACCUCUGUUAUGAUAUUAAAGUCAAGGGCGAGACGCGACGGAUCCUUUCAAGCGUCAACGGUUGGGUCCAACCAGGGAAGCUAACUGCUCUGAUGGGCGCCACCGGAGCCGGCAAGACGACGCUUCUCGACGUGUUAGCUGAUCGCGUCACCAUGGGAGUCAUCACGGGCGACAUACUUGUCAAUGGACUACCACGCAGCAAGUCAUUCCAGAGAACCACUGGAUACGUGCAGCAGCAGGAUAUUCACCUUGAGACAUCUACUGUCAGAGAGGCUCUUCGAUUCAGUGCUGUUCUCAGACAACCAUCUUCCAUUCCAAUGAAAGACAAGAUCGGCUAUGUUGAAGAGAUCAUUGGUCUGCUAGAGAUGAGUCUCUAUGCAGAUGCAGUUAUCGGAGUGCCUGGUAAAGGUCUCAAUGUGGAGCAACGGAAACGCCUCUCCAUCGGCAUCGAGCUCGUCGCCAAACCCGAAGCCCUCAUCUUUCUCGACGAACCAACCUCCGGCCUCGAUAGUCAAACAGCAUGGGCAAUCGUCUCACUUCUCAAGAAGCUCGCAGACCAUGGGUUAGCUAUCCUCUGUACCAUUCACCAACCUUCCGGCAUCAUAUUUCAGCAGUUCGACCGUCUGUUACUCCUAGCGAAAGGUGGCAAGACUGUUUACUUUGGUGAUAUCGGCGAGAAUGCUACUGCUUUGACGGGAUACUUUGAGAGGUAUGAUGCUGUUGCGUGCCGUCCUGAAGAGAAUCCUGCAGAGUGGAUGCUCCAUGUCAUUGGUGCUGCACCGGGUGCUCAUACGGAUCGUGACUGGGCUGAGACUUGGAAGGGAAGUUCCGAGUUUGUCAGUGUUCAGAAAGAACUUGAUACUCUCACUCAGACGAAACACGUUGACCGCCACGAGUCAGAUACUCAGGACACGGCUUAUGCUGCUUCACUCUCUCAACAGUUCUUGGUCUGUACCAAGCGCGUUGCCGAGCAAUACUGGCGAACACCGACAUACAUCUACUCCAAGCUCUCACUCUGCCUCAUAACCAGCCUCUUCAUCGGCCUCUCCUUCCAAAACUCUCCACUAUCCCUCCAAGGUCUCCAAAACCAACUCUUCUCAAUUUUCAUGCUCCUCGUGAUCUUCGCAUUCCUAAUCUACCAAACGAUGCCCGGCUUCGUCACCCAGCGAACACUCUACGAAGGACGUGAAAGAUCCUCAAAGACAUACGCUUGGUACAACCUCAUCCUCGCCAACACAGUCAUCGAGAUGCUCUGGAACUCUGUGGCGUCGUUGGCGGUGUACUUCCCGUUUUACUUUCUUGUUGGUAUGUAUGACAAUGGUCGUGUUACGGAUACGCAGCAUGAGAGGGGCGCGCUUAUGUUUCUGUUAACGUGGGUUUUCAUGGUGUAUGAGGGGACGUUUGCGCAUAUGUGUGUUGCUGGCGCGCCGACUGCUGAGGUUGGAGCGACUUUUGCGCUGUUGCUAUUCAUGAUGACUCUUGUAUUCUCCGGUGUCCUUGUCCCAUACUCGGGUCUUCCUGGAUUCUGGGCCUUCAUGUACCGCGUCUCGCCUAUGACCUACCUCAUCGGCGCCAUAAUUUCUGAUGGUGUUGGUAAGCAAGAAGUUACAUGCUCGGAAAUCGAAUUUCUCCAGUUCCAGACGCCAGCGAACCUCACUUGUGGCGAGUAUGUGGGACAAUUCGUUCAAGCUGUCGGAGGCUCUCUUUCCAAUCCGGGAUCGAACCAGACGUGCCUUUACUGUCCGAUUGCAUCGACGGAUACAUACCUUGGAACUCUGAGUAUUCGAUACAGUGAGAGAUGGAGAAACUUUGGCCUGAUGUGGGCGUUCAUUGUAUUCGAUGUUGUUGCAGCGUUGAUGGCAUAUUGGUUAAUCAGGGUGCCCAAGAAGGGUACACGAUUGUUGUUUUGGAAGAAGUAG